GAUGACGAAACCCUCAACCUUGACUAAGUUUAAAUUGAAGAAACGUCAUUGGAUCCCGGGUAAGCUUUCGUAAAUAUCUCCAUCUUCAAUCAACUACCGAUCCAGACAAGCCGAACGAGAUGCGGGGGCGAGCGUAGGUUUAGCUAGCCCAGCACGCGGAAGUUUGGAGUUGUGUGACUUGAUUCUUCCGUCCGCGGGGCGAUUCAAUUGCUUAAAUACUUUUCUACAGCUCCAAUUGAUCGGCCGAGUGUUGCGCUGUCUUAAUACUCACGCUUGAGCUACCAAAGCAUCGCAAUCGUCGCCAUGGCUGUUGUCGACAUCCUCUUCACCUGGUGGUCAAUCCCCAUCGCCACAGGUGUCCUCAUCGCGACGUAUCUCUACUCAUACUUUGUGACCUACGGCCAUCUGAGAGACAUCCCGGCGCCUUUCCCAGCGCAGUUCACGAAUCUGUGGCUUCUCUACGUGUGCAGGCGUGGUGAACGAUAUCGCGUCGUGGAUGGGAUUCACAAGAGAUUGGGUCCUGUAGUACGAAUCCAGCCUAACCACACUUCCAUCGCGGAUCCUGACGCAAUCGCCACCAUCUACGGCCACGGAAACGGCUUCUUGAAGUCUGAUUUCUACGAUGCAUUUGUCUCAAUUCGACGAGGUCUUUUUAAUACACGCGAUCGCGCUGAGCAUACACGAAAGCGCAAGCUCAUCUCUCACGUCUUCUCGGCCAAGUCAAUCAGCCAAUUUGAGCCGUACAUCCACGCCAACCUUGAACUCUUCGUCAAACAGCUCGAUAAACUUGUCGCAUCAGGUCAGACGACCGACAAAAAUGGAAAGCGACAAGCGCUUAUUGAUUGUCUCCCGUGGUUCAACUACCUCGCAUUCGAUGUCAUCGGCGACCUCGCGUUCGGUGUACCCUUUGGCAUGCUCGCAAAUGGCGCCGACGUAGCCGAAGUUCGAGCGACGCCCGAUAGCGCGCCUAUUUAUGCUUCCGCUAUUGAGAUUCUGAACAGAAGAGGUGAGGUCAGCGCGACGUUGGGAUGCUGGCCGCAAUUGAAGCCGUAUGCGCAAUGGUUGCCCGAUCCGUUUUUCAGCAACGGCCUCAACGCAGUCAAGAACCUCGCUGGUAUUGCGAUCGCGCGAGUCAAGGCCAGAUUGGAUAACCCGCCAUCCGUUGAGAGAAAGGAUCUCCUCGCGCGUCUCAUGGAAGGCAGAGAUGAGAAGGGUGAGCCGUUGGGUCGCGAGGAAUUGACAGCCGAAGCCUUGACGCAGCUCAUCGCCGGCAGCGACACCACGUCCAAUUCAUCAUGCGCUUUACUAUACCACGUCACACGAACACCCGGCGUUCUCGAGAAACUGCAGGCCGAGCUCGACGAGGCGAUCCCCGCUGAUGUCUCAGUCCCUACAUACGACAUGGUCCGCGACCUAACGUACCUCAACAACGUAAUCAGCGAAACCCUCCGCUACCAUUCAACAUCCGGCAUCGGGCUCCCGCGCCAAAUCCCCGACAACUCCCCCGGCGUCACGAUCAAGGGCCAUUAUUUCCCGCCGGGCAGCGUGCUCAGCGUGCCGACGUACACGCUGCAUCACUCAAAGGAGAUCUGGGGUCCUGACGCAGACGACUUUAAGCCGGAGCGCUGGGAUAGUCUUAAUGAGCUGCAAAAGACUGCGUUCAAUCCGUUUAGUCACGGGCCGAGAGCGUGUGUGGGGAGGAAUGUUGCGGAGAUGGAGAUGAAGUUGAUCGCGGCGACGUGGGCGAGGAGAUACACGCCUGAGUUGAAGCAGGAGGUUAUGGAGACGCGGGAGGGGUUCUUGAGGAAGCCGUUGGGGUUGGAUAUUGCUUUGAAGAUGAGGUAGAUUGGCUGUUGCUCAUUUUAGAGACUGUACGAUGUAAUGAUCUUUGAUCAAUGCCACUCGUAUUUUUGCCCAUUGGCGUACAUCGCAGAU